AAUGGCAAGAUGGUUUUUCUGUUUUCCUUAAAUGCUGUGUUUGUUGGCUGCUAAGAUCAGAAGAGCACAUUUGCAGCUCCUUUCACAUCUUUCUUCUUCAGGUAAAACUUCACUUGCUCAUCAGUUCAUUGACGGAGAAUUUCUGGAGUGCUAUGACCCCACGGUGGAAAGCACUUACAACAAAAUGUUGAUGCUGGGGAAAGAUGAAUUCCACCUGCAGCUGGUGGACACAGCAGGGCAGGAUGAAUACACUAUCUUGCCUCACUCUUUUAUCAUUGGCAUCCAUGGCUACGUACUGGUGUAUUCCGUCACAUCUCUCAAGAGUUUUCAGGUGGUAAAGUCUCUACACAGCAAGUUGUAUGAAAGCAGAGGGAAAACAAGGAUGCCUGUAGUGCUUGUUGGAAAUAAAGCUGAUCUGUCACUAGAAAGCCGUCAAGUGAAGACUGAUGAGGGCAGAAAGCUUGCUGAUUCCUGGGGCGCCGUGUUCUUGGAAUCCUCAGCAAAAGAAAACCAGAUGACUCACGGUAUCUUCACCAAGGUCAUUGAGGAAAUCGAUCGUGUGGACAACUCAUAUGGAGAACAGCGCAGCUGCAUCCUGAUGUGAUGCCCACCUGGAACCACUCCGCGGGUGGGAGGGGGGUGUCAGGAGAAUCCAGCCAACUCAGGACAGCUAUCGCAGCUUAGCUGGAGCCCCGAACAGCAGGUCCGAAGUAGCUUACGGGUAAUCCACACACAAACACAACUAUACCUCAUGGCUCGUUCCCUAUACGAGGCGGCUAUGUUUUGCACAUUAGUUUGCUGAAAGCAAUCUUUCUGUGUGUGCGUGUGUGCAUCUCUGUGUGCGUGUGUGUAAAUAUGUAUGUGUGUGUAUACAUGUAUUGCCAAAUGUUUACAGAACUGGGAGGGCGGGAGCACAACAGCAACUAUUUAUGUCUUUUUUGUAUGGAUGGACUCUUCUGUAUAUUUAUAACAAAGUAUGAUUCAUAUAUGCACGUGUUUAUACAGACUGCUGUCCAGUACUGGGCGUAACAGAGGAGCUCAGCGUCGUGUGUUCUUUGUGGAAGCCAUUGAGGGCCAGUUCUUUGGUCGAUAGUUUUUUUUCAGUGGCAGCUGAACAGUUGUCUUGGAGAAGUAGGUAUUUUCAGUUGUGCCUCUUACAAUGUACUGCCUUAUUUUUGGAGGGAUGAGAGUUCUAGAUGGAUGUUUUUCUUUUGCUUCCACUCUAAUGCUGGAAGGGAUGAAGUGUCUAAUGGCUCAGUGUAGCCUGGUAAACUCCCCCUUCAUCCCCUUGUUAUGCAAAGAAAAGCUAACUUCUCAUGAGCCAGAUGGAGAAAAUGUUACCCAAUAGUCUUAGGUAUGUCAGCCACUCAUUGGAUGAUGUCAUUUCUAAGUCUCUGUAUAAAAUAACAGAAUCUGUCUAGCUUAGUAGCAUAAUGGAAUAAAAAAGCACACUGCGGAGGGGUGUUAUCUGAACCCUUAAGUGUUCCUGGGGCUUGCUUAUAUCUGUUGUGCCUUUUGGAGGCUCUUCAACACAGGUCUUUUCUGGACAAACCUAGCGAUAGCACUGACUGCUAUGCAACACUGUAAGUGGGGUGGGAAUAUUCCUGCUGCUCUUGUAUUCUCUUACCGGUCGGGAAAGCUCUUUCCCCUCUUCGUUGUCGACCCUCUUGCAUUUGAGGAGUGGGGACACAUGUGCACACAGUCUGGGCCUGCUGAAAAAGGAGGAUUUGCUGAUGUGCUUCCAUAAAUAUCCUGCUGUGCUCUGUAGGUCUGCUGAAGUUGCGAGAAGCAAAGUGGAGAGAAGGUAGUUCAGCUUAAGUGCCUGUUGUGCUACAGUGUGGAAUGCAGUGGCAUCUUUGGAGGGCUGGGCGCUGACCGCCUUGCUUUCUGCAAAGCUGUCCACGCCUGGCUUCCCCUGCAGGAUCAAGCCGCCUUCCAGCCAGCAUCAGGUGCAUGCGGCUGCUCUUGACAUGGUGAACGGGAAGUACUUCUUUUUCUCUGGCAAGGCCACCUCCCCACUGGAUUAUUUUCCUAGUCUGGGCAGAAACAGCACAGCUGUGAAUGCACCGCUGCUCCUUUUGCUCCUGUUUGCACGGCUGGUGGACAAAAGCACCAUCUACUUGGCACCUAACUUGAUGUUGUUUGGGAUCCAAGGGAGUUCUGUGCGCCGGAGGGAAUAUAUCCACAAACAACCAACCAACCUAAGGGCAAGAAAGGAACGCACUCUGAGACACAGGACCCCUAGAACGUAAGGCACUGCUGGGCAACACAAACUUCAGGAGCGGCUUCUACUGAAGCUGCACACUGGAAAGGGAGUAUCACUUACAGGCAUCUAAAGCUACUUUGAUAGACAUCCUGGUGUGGCUCACGUGCACAGUCUUUGGUUAUCAUGUCUGUGAUAGAUCAGCCUCUUGGGGAACUGCCGUUCCCAAGACGGUGUUGAUGGGAUUGGCAUUGCCGUCACCAACUUAACAUCCUGAGCCUGCUUCCAAGUCUCACAAGCUUAGAGGGCUUUUGUGGUGGUGGACAUGAUACUGAGAUGGUAUUUGUGGUGCUCAAGACUGCCGUAAAAGCAGUUCUGUUUCCUGAAACUGCUAGAUUUGUUUCUCCACCUUGAUAGUGGCAGUCCAAGCAGAGUUUGGCUUUGUAGCACUGGACUCCGAAGGCUACAGAGCAUCGCUUGGAAUGUUGUUACUGUGGCUUAGGAGAAUGAGGUUAAACAGUUUUGGCUAGUGGAAGCGUGCAUGCUAAGCAUGGCUGCUGGGUACGGUACCGUGUUAAGCUAACAAGUUUGUUUCACAAAAUGGAUUAACCUGUCCACCUGGCAAUCCAGCCAGGUCCCCAUGUUAUUUCCCCCAAAGGGCAUAUUUCCCCCAGCUCCAGGGACUUCAUUUGCUUAGCAGCACAGCUGGGUUGUUCCUGCAUACAGUUGCUCUGCAGAGUUCGAUUCUUCCUUCCAGAUUUUGCUAUGAGAACCUUAUAGCUCCAGUUUAAAUAUGACCCUGGAAGUUCUCCCUUCCCCAUAACCUUCCCCACCAUCCCUGGGAUGUUAUGUCUGUCAUUCCUAGCCAGGAGGCAGUGAUAUGAGAAAUUUGCCCACAUCUCCUCUGUCUCACCUGGUUGCAGGUGAGCCACAGAACCACUUGUGCUCCUUAUGCGAAAGAGACUGUUGCUGCAUUCCCACCCUAUUCAGUGCAGCAGCCAAGCAACAUCUUGGCAAACCAUCUGAAUUGUGCAUUGCUCUGUGUCUGCAUGCAAAAUUCAGCACUUGCGCUCCCUGUGGUGAAACAUCUCAGAUCUUUUUGUUGCAAUACAUUUCAAAAAUGAGUUUGCUACAAAUUCUCGCCUAGGAGAAGGCUGGAAGUGGGAGGCAGCUUGCCAAACAUUGCGUUUUUGCUCAAAGCGUUGCUUGAUGGAGAGCAGGGAGAAAGGUCAAGAUGACGCCUUGCCCCACAUGGUACAUGUAUCAGGAUCAAGUGAUCCUCCAAGUGAGGGAAUGGAGAAUGCAAAGGACGGGUCUUGGUUUCAUUGUUGGGUGUGUGGCUGCUCUUUUUUCAGUUUCUCCUACCGGAAUAUGUGAGCUGGGAGAUGGCUGCACAGCAGUGCCAUUUUUUCUCGUGGAAACCUUGAUCAUGCAAUUUCUCCUGCAGAGGGUGGAGAAACAGGAUGAAGGGCCUCCAUGAUAAACCUGGCCUUCGUAGUGCCUAGCUCACAAAUUCUCAGAAGUAUGCAAGGAAGGCUCCCUCUUUGGCUAUGCAAGCUGUCACUUCUGCUAAAGAAGGACCCUGCGCAGAAAUGGGCAAGCUUCCCACUGGCUUACAGGCAAGGGUCCC